AUGAGAGCCCUUCUACUCCUUUUACCAGUUUUAUAUCUUGUAAAUUCGCAGGCGACUGGUGGCUAUGCCGCGGAAUCUGUGCCGGAGCAAUUGUCCGACGUGAAACUAAACGACUAUCUAGGAGCAAUUAAAUCGAUCGAGGACACGGCCCUUGCUCAGGUCCACCAGGUGUAUUCUGAAGCUGAAGCCGCUAAGGAUGAGCUUUAUGGCUCGUGGGCUUCUCGGGUGAAGCAGGUCUGGAAGGACAAGAUGAUGAAAGACGCGGAGAAGGCUCUCCAGCUGGAGCUGAUCAAACAGGAGAUGGUUGACCGAUACAAGGCCGAGACCGAGAAGGUCUAUAUGCAAGCCGUCCAGGCCGCCAAGGAGUACCAACAAGCCUACCUUGACGCCAAGGCCGCCCAGCGCCAAGCCAUCGCCGACAAGUACAACGAGUUCAAGCAGAUUGUCAAUGCCUCGAUCGAGUCCAAGGUGGCGCAGGCCAAGGAGAACAUGGCUGAAAUCGGCGCGUACCUGCAGCAAGUCGACGAACUCUACCGUAACCACAAGGCUGCUAGCGAUGCCGCCAUCGAGGAGCGCCGUCAGGCCCUCAAGGACAAGCUGGCCACCAUCUACAACCAACUUGAGACCCAAGGCAACGAGCUGAAGGCUGAUGGCGAACGACUUGGAGCCGAUCUGAAGGCGUUCAUGGAGAAGCGCUAUCAAUACAAGCAAGACGGACACGGCGCGGCCAAGGAAGUCUUGAAGGAGGUGUUGACCGAGUCGUUGGAGCAAAAGCUUGAGAAGAAGCUCGACAAGGAACUUCAAAAAAUGGUGGAGGACGAGAUCAAGGGCAAACUGAAACACCCGAAGAUGGCCCUCCCAGUAGUAGUGAAGAAAACGACCGACACCGAGACCGAGACCAAAGUUGUGUCCCCUGAAUACAAGGCUACACUUCUGGAGACCCUUACCGGAGCUUCAGCCUGGGAAACUGUCGCCUGGGUGCUGUUGGCCCUUUGCAUCCUCCUAUCCGUUGCCCUGAUCGCCCUGAUCGCCUACCAGUAUUACCAGGUGGCCCAGAAGAACAAGUACGGCAAGCUGGAGGGUGUCGACAGUCCGCAUAGGCCCUCAAUGGCUCGCGCCGAGCGAGCACCCUUCAACACGGCGCCCCCACUCACCUACACGCACGAGAAGCCCCUCUUCGGUUCCGGACUGCCGGGACCUUCUGAGGCCCAGCGCAAGGCCCAGGAGCGCGAACAGAAGAAGGCCGAGGUGCGCAAGCGGCUCGAGGAGUCCGGCAAGGCCGGCAAGAAGAAGAAGCAGGGUUUCUUGACUCCGGAAAGGAAGAAGAAGCUCAGGAAAUUGCUCAUGACCAAGGCGGCCGAGGACCUCAAGCAGCAGCAGUUGAAGAAGGAGCAGGAGCGACAAAAGUUCCUCGCCGAACGCACGGUCUCCCUCCCCAACAUCGACGGCACCGACGAUCACGCCACGCUCGAGAAGUACUACAACGAGCUGUUCUCCCGAUUGACCAAGCUGGAAGAGGAGAAGUACGACAUCCUUCAGAUCGUCCAAUCCGCCGAGGCCGAGAUCAACGAGCUGACGAUCAACGUCAACGAUCUCCGAGGCAAAUUCGUCAAGCCCACCCUUAAGAAGGUGUCGAAGUAUGACAACCGUUUCAAGAAGCUCGCCGAGAUCAAGAAGACCGAGGGACAAGCUGACUUCCGCAAGGAGCUAAAGACCGUCAAGAAGGAGAACGUCUUCACGCAGUUGGCCAAUAAGAAGAAGGCCGACCAGAAGCCCGACUGGAAGGCCCAGAAGGCCGCCAAGAAAGCCGCCGACGAGAAGAAGGAGGAGCAGCCCAAGGAGGAGGAGGUGCCCGCCGAGGAGCCCGCCGCCGAGGAGCCAGAAGAAGAAGAGGAGGAGGAGGACGAGGAGGAAGAGGAAGAG